GAAUUUUAGUAUUCUUAAACAUACGUUUGAAAUUUGUUGAUGAGAUAGCAAAAAUCUUUAUGAGAGCGGGAGUUGGUGGGCAGAGAGUGAAGAAAGCAAAAGAGAUGGGGGAAGAAAGUUCAAAACCCAACGAUUUCUACACAAAAGACACAAUUAUCUCCGAAGAAUUAUCAGAGGAGGCGGCUUCGUUUGUGGAUCAUAUCUUCCGCCAUGUGUCACUCAACGCACCCAACUUUCCGCCCCAACAUGAUGCUAAAGACUCCUUCUCUGAACUAACUCGCGGCUGCCUCAAAGUCCAUAGCAUCCACCCUGGGAAAGUCUCCUGCAUUCUUUCUGUCAAACCUGCUAUCUCGAAUGUUUAUCAAAGCAUGCAUGGAGGAGCAGUUGGAGCUGUGGCAGAGAGGGUGUCAAUUGCAUGCGCCAGAACUGUUGUGGGAAAGGAUAAGGAACUCUUUCUUGGAGAACUGAGCAUGUCAUAUGUAUCUGCUGCUCCGAGCAACAAUGUUUAUGGAGGAGCAGUUGGAGCUGUAGCAGAGAGGGUAUCAAUUGCCUGUGCCACAACUGUUGUGGGAAAGGAUAAGGAACUUUUUCUUGGAGAAUUGAGUAUGCCUUAUGUUUCUGCUGCUCCAAGCAAUGCAGAGGUGGUAGUAGAUGGGUCUGUCAUUCGGAGUGGAAGAAACCUUACUGCAGUUGCAGUUGAUUUUCGGCUCAAGGACUCUGGGAAAUUGGUCUACGCCUCUAAUGCGACAUUCUAUCACAUGCCUGUCGCAAAUUUAUGAGAUCAAGACUCAAACCACUUUAAGUAGAUACAUUUAAUAAACAUGUUCAGCGGCUCCGGCUAAUGUACGAUGACAAAUCAUGAAUAUAGGCACAACUAGACGAAUUUGAGACUGAUAGCCUGUUUGGCUUCAAAAAUCAGCUUGAGAAAUGCUUUUUUUCAAAAGUACUUUUGGUGAAACGCAGUUUGUGUUUAACUAAUUUACUUAAAAAACACUUUUGAGCAAGAAUUAGUGUUUGGCCAAUCUUUCAAAACUGUUUCUGCUUCUACUCAAAAGAACUUUUUUUUUCCUCUAAAAGCUUGGCCAAACACUUAACUUUGAAAAAAAAAAAUGCUUUUGGUUUGGAGAAGCUAGGCCAAACAGGCUAUGAGACUCUUAUCUGUAUCACCAAAGCAACAAUUUACAUCUCGAAUUAUCUCAAAUUCCCUCAUUAUUAGGUUUGUUUGUGUUUCGUUUCAGUCCUUGUAACUAAAUUUUGCUUGAUGAAAUACACAAUUGAACCUCUGAUUUAUUGAAAGAGAAUGAAGUGCAAAUUCGUGUA